AUGGUUGUUUACUCAUUCCACAUCUUCGACCGACACACUGAGUGCGUCUACUCCAAGUCCUGGCUCCCAUCGUCUGCAGGCUCCGAAACCGCCGCACCCACAACAUCUGCCGACGACGCAAAGCUCCUCUUCGGAACUGUCUUCUCCCUACGCAACAUGGUCCGCAAACUCGGCGGUGACGACGACGCAUUCAUCAGCUACCGUACAGCACAAUACAAGCUUCACUUCUACGAGACGCCUGCCAACUUGAGAUUCGUUAUCUUGACCGAUACAGCGACGUUGAGCAUGCGCAACGUACUGCAUCAAAUUUACAUAAACCUAUGGGUUGAAUACGUGGUCAAGAAUCCCUUGGCACCUGUGGAACACAAGAAGGGCGAAGGCGUCAAGAAUGAGCUUUUUGAACUCGGCCUCGAUCAGUUUAUCAGAGGCUUGAUGUGA